UGUUGAUUUUCUUCGUGGUUGCAUUUUUAACCAUGUGACCAGAACAGAAGGCAUGUUCCCUCUGCAUAAAGCUUGUGGUAGCCGGUGGAAGCCAACACGCAGCUUUUAAUCAAUAUAAAUGUGCCAUAUUUGCAUAAACAAAUGAAUGAGACCUCGGAGACAACUUGAUUGUGAGUUCGAUUUGAGCUGUGAAUUGGUGGGAACUGGUGAUUUUCAAGACUCAGUGUUCCCGGUCGGAAGGCUAAUUUGGAACGCACCCUGAAGUCGGAAGUAUUGGUGGGAAGCCGAAAGUCGGGAAGAACCUCACUGUAAGUUAUUGUUUUAACUGUUAUAGAUAUACUCCUGUUUUAUUUCUAUGACAAUAAAUCAGUCGUACAUCGUAGUCUACAGUCUCACUUUAGUGGAAGGCACGCUUUUAAUACGUUGUUACCAACUGGUGUUACAGGCUAGCAGACCCAAACUCGAUUUCCCACCCACCCAACCCCUUGAAAGUGGAAAAUCCGAUUAAAAAAAAGUGAAAUUAUCCUAAAACACCGGUAAAUUAUUGUAAAAUCGUUGAUAUUUUUGCCCAUGUUAAUUGUUUUUGAUACAUGUGGCAUAUCUGUGACAAACGUUAGCUUUUAAACAUGGACUGUUUUGUCCGGAAAAUACAUCAAUGUAAUUAACUUUCCCAUAGCUCUACAGUGUGUGUGUGUGUGUGUGUGUGUUUGGUUGUUUGUUUGUCUGUUCCCCAGAGGGGCACUCCAUCCCUGAAGACAGCAGACCUCACCACACAUUUGAACUAAGGGCCCAAUCAUGGCAAACCUGGUUGAAGCUGGAGAACUUCAUUCAUUGGGCAGCUGUCAGGAGAACACUGAUGCCACACUCAGCCAAUCACAACCACCAGUGCCUACAUUCAGCCAAUCACAACCACCAGUGCUCACAUUCAGCCAAUCCACAUUCAGCCAAUCAGAACCACCCGUACCUUCAUUAAGCCAAUCAGAACCACCCGUGCCCAUGCCACCAAAUGAGAGCUUCACUGAAAGCCAAACCGUUUUUUUGAUUGACCUGAUGCGGCACCACAUCUUCAACGAAGGGGAGGGUCUCCCGAAAACAUUACACGAACUGAACACACGACUUAAAUCCGCCAAGGGCAGCAAAAAACUGCUAUGGGAAGACGCAGCGGAACAGUUGAGCAGCCAUUUCACAGAGUCUUUCCUACCUCGAAGGGUGUGUAGGAAAUGGAACACUCUUCUGGAUGGAUACACAAGGGCUAGAUACAGUGUAAGAAAUAUGGGUAAGGACACCCGUUUUCAAUUUUAUUCAGAGAUGGACACGCUCUUGGAGGACCUCAAGGAGGAGGAGCAUGAUGUGAUCUUUCCUGUUGUUAUAACACCAGAUGGACAAGGGUUGCGCUUACCUCCACCACAAGCCUCUCGUAGCAGCAGUGUCAAAGCGUCUCCACACAGGAGGUCUACUCCAUACACACCUCCCCUCAGGGCCCAUUACAGCACGCCAUUUCUACAGGCAUCCCCAAUUGUGCAGGUGAAAGAAAAUGAGAGCUUCAGCAGGGCCCAAACGUUGUUUUUGAUUGACCUGAUGCGGCAGCACGUCAUCACAGAGGGGGAAGGUCUCCCAAAGACCCUCGAAGAGAUGAAUGGACGACUCGAAUCUGCCACGGCCGACAAGAAACGGUUGUGGGAAGACAUAGCCAACCAGAUGAGCAGCCAUUUCCUGGAGUACUUCUACCCUGAUAAGGUGGCCACGAAAUGGAGCAGUCUUGUUCAAGGAUACAAAAACGUCCGAGACCGCGAUAGACUCACAGGGCAGAGGAACAGCAUGCACUUCCAAUUUUACUCGGACAUGGACGAGCUUCUGGAGGGGCAUAACGAGGCCCUCCCUGUUGUCGUGGUGACAGACUGGCAAGGGGAACCCAAGUCUGAGGCACUAGAACCCAGCAGCAAUGACACAGCAGUCGUAAACAAUAAUACAACAACAGGCAGCUGUCAGGAGAGCACUGAUGCCACAUUCAACCAGGAAAACACAGAUGCCACACUCAGCCAAUCAGAACCACCAAAGCCCACAUUUGGCCAAUCAGAUCCACCAGUGCCCACAUUCAACCAAUCAGAAUCACUGCUAUCAUUGGAAACCAAAAAAAGCUUCACCAGGGACCAGACACUGUUCUUGAUUGACCUCAUGCGCCAACACAUUGAAAAUAAGGGCGGCGGUCCCCCAAGAACGUUCAAAGAGCUAAAACGACUUACUGCUAUCAAGGGCAGUAAACAACAGCUGUGGAAAGAUGCAGCAGAGAAGUUGAGCGUCCAUUUCAGGAAGUACUUUUGUCCUCGGAGGGUGUCCAGGAGGUGGACCACUCUUGUUGACGGAUACACAAAGGUUAGAGAAAAUAUGAGAACUAGAGGCCUACAUUCCACAUGCUUCCAUUUUUACUCAGAGAUGGACGCCCUUCUGGUCGAGGAAGAGUUCUUCCCUGUGGUCAUGAGCCGCAAGAGGCGAGAGGCGGUUAGGCCCGUACUGCAAGGCCGUCGUAGCAGAGUGAGGGCAUUCACUGACACGACAGACGACCCAUCCCCCCCUGGCACACCGACGCCACCGUCUUAUAAGCGCAGGAGACAAGAGGACGAGCUGCUGCACUUCCUGCGAGAGGCAGAGAAGGCCACUCAGCGUCGCCACAACGAGACUCUCACGCAUCUCAAGUUCCUGCGAGAGGCAGAGAAGGCCACUCAGCGUCGCCACAACGAGACUCUCACGCAUCUCAAGUCUAUUCAGUCUCUAAUGAGCAAGUUAUUAGACAAGCUGUAACUUGUUGUCCUUUCAAAAAGCUUGUUAUAUUGUAAUGUUUGUUAUAUUAGAUGAGAAAUUACACAGUGGCUUGUAGAAGUGACCUGUGAAAGUCAUCAUUUUCACUAUUAGAAAAGAUAUGCAAAUAUGUAUGUACAGUUUAGUGCAGUGAGAAUAGGUUUAACACCCAUGCUAAAGUUGACUAAAAAAAUGAAUAAAAAAUCAUCUUUUGGAA